AUGCCACUACAACCAAAGAAGCAAAAGUUGAAGCAGUUGUCAGUGUUCUCCAAGCAUCUCAAUCGACUGAAGCAGAGCGAUGAGGAGAGACAACGUAAUAGUUUCAAUCAGUUCUGGAUGGAGGGAUCCACCGUGCAGAACAGACAGGACAAACUUCCAACUGACGAUCGUCAGCGACUACAGAUCACAAGUCUCGGCAGCUACGUCUCCAACCUUGUCAUCAAAGGAUUGCUGGCCUCGGCCACGCCCAUUCAGCCUCCACACAUUGAGAACUACUCAUCAUGUGUUCUAUUCGCGGACAUUAGUGGAUUUACUGCACUCACUGAGAGAUUGGGCAAUCAUGGACAGGAGGGCGUGGAGCUGCUCACAAAGAACUUGAACUUGUUCUUUGAUAUGUUGAUCAAGAUUGUGAAGAGCUACGGUGGAGACAUUGUAAAGUUUGCAGGUGAUGCCGUCUUGACUCAUUGGCCAACAUAUGGAGAGUUGACGAACCGUGUGCGUAUAGCAUGUGCCUGCGCACUCAGUCUACAACGCAAACUUCACAAUUUCCCUGUACCGGGCGGCUUCCUCACCCUGCACAUUGGAGUUGGUUGCGGCAAGGUGUCUGGCCUUUAUGUGGGUGGUGAGUCAUCCAAGGUAGAGUUCCUCAUCGCGGGUGAGGCUCUCGUGCAGGCAACACUGUGCGAGAAGGAAGCAGACGCCGGUGAGAUCUACAUCUCGCAAUCAUGUCUGGACUAUGUCAAGCAGUUUGCCAAUGUCACACAGAAGAAGAGCAAGGCCAACUACCGACUCGACUCUUUGGCCAAGUUGGAGAAGCGUGAGAAGCGACCAUCGUCCACGGUCGACGGUGAGGACUUGUUGACGUCAAUGGACAGGAAGUUCUUGUUCGACCUGCCCCUGCUCAUGGACAUGGAGGAUUCACUGCAGCGAUUCGUGCCCAACACUGUGGUCAAUCACAUCAAGCGUGGCGCAUACCUCGCCGAACUGCGAUACAUCAGUGUCAUAUUUGUCAACCUCUCGUAUGGUGUGCCCGACCCCGUCAAGGACCUCGACACACUGCAGGCCAUCGUGUCUCAGACUCAAACAAUCGUCUACAAGUACGAGGGCACAGUGCGCCAAUUCAUCAUCGACGACAAGGGUUGUGUGUUGAUCGCCUGCUGGGGCAUGCCAGGUGUCAGCCACGAGGACGACCCUUCGCGAGCAGUCGAAGCCGCCAUGGAGAUCGUUGUCAAUCUGUUCAAGCUCAAGGUUAUCAGCACGGUUGGUGUGACCACUGGCAAGUGCUUCUGCGGUGACGUUGGCAGCGACGAGCGCCGAGAGUAUGCCGUCGUCGGCGACAUUGUCAACCUCUCAGCGAGGCUCAUGUCGCACAGUCAGGGUGGAGUGCUCUGUGACGAGGAGACAUCGAGGAACGCACGUAACAUUGAGUUUGUUCGCAUGACCGAGCCCAUCAAGGUCAAAGGCAAGACAACUCUGAUCCCCCUAUUCAAGCCAAUCAAGAAGCACAAGCAUCUGGACAACAACUCACCCCGACAGCUCGGCCUCAAGAGCAAGCUCAUCGGUCGCCAGACCCAGCUAUUGCAGAUGUCCAUCGCGGUGCACGAGCUCACUCAAGGCAAGCCCACACGCAUCUUCUUGCUGGAGGCUGAGGCCGGUCUGGGCAAGAGCAGGUUCAUCUCAGAGGUCAAGCAUAACUUCUGCACCGGCAUCAAGAUACUCAAGGCUAGCGGUGUACAAAUGAGCGAGUCUACUCAAUAUUAUGUUUGGAGACAGCUGAUCCAGGAGUAUCUGAAUGAGGACGAGCGUACUGGCUACAAGACAUUACAGACACUUGGCCCACACAUCAACCUGCUCAGACAAGCUCUGGAUAUCCGCGCCGAGCUGCCAGAGGCAAACAGAAGAUACUCUGCGCCACAAAGAGCAGAGACUCAACACAUGCUCAUGUUGCGAUUAGUGCAGACCAUGGUGCCACCUGGCACGAUCAUCGUCAUCGAUGACGCUCACUUCAUGGACAAAGCAAGCUGGACACUCACUCAGAACCUCUGCCAGGUACUUGAGAAUCACUUGAUCAUCAUCUCCAUGCGUCCUCUUAAGGACGCGCUUCCCUCUGGCUUCACCCAAUUGUCCAACUUGGAGACCAUUCAGCUCGAGCCACUCGCGUCCAAGGAGGAGGUGGCAAUGCUUAUUGAGCAGAUACUAGACCGUGGCGGCAGCGGCGGCAACACAGCAGCACCCAGGAGCAACAAGAUACAUGACGAGAUCAUUGAGGAGAUAUUCAAUCGAUCACAGGGCAACCACUUUGUGAUUGAGGAGAUGGUCAACAGUCUGCGCUCAUCAGGUGUGUUUGACGAGAGCUCUGGUCUAUCGAAGCAGGAGCUGAUUGAACAGGUCAAGGUGUCCAUGCCACGCACAGUCACAUCACUGAUCACCAGCAGAGUAGAUCGACUGAGCAACACACAGCAGCUUGAGCUCAAGGUCGCUUCGGUAAUCGACAUGCCAUUCACAGCCGACUAUCUAUACUCAAUGAUGCCCUCUGACUCGACCAGCAAGCAGGACCUUAUCAAUGAUCUGGCUCAAUUGGAGAAGCUACACUUUAUCAAAUCAAAGACUGUGGCAUCCAAGACAAAUGAUCAAACAGACGUGGUGUACUCAUUCCAACACACGCGCACACAAGAGGUCAUCUAUGGUGUGAUGCUGUUCUCUCAACGACGUGAGCUACACUUCAAAAUUGCCAAAUCACUCGAGAAGGAGAACGGUACUCCUCAAUCACUGGUGCAUCACUAUCACUGUGCUCAAGACUACAGCAAGACGAAGGAGUAUGCGAUGAAGGCUGGUCUCAAGGCCAUGGGCGUCAAUGACAAUAAGGAGGCUGUCAAGUACUUCCAAUUAACAUUGAAGUGUAUGGAGAUGGAGAUGAAUGCCAACAAUAACCCAAGUGCACCUGGAGGUGGCAACAGCAGUGGCGAGGGAGGCGAUGAGGAGAAGAAACCUAGGCGAGGCCAUCACAGGAGUUCAUCUUCGCCAUCCACUACAAUCACGACCGCCCCACUCUCAUCACCAAGCGCUGGUAUGAUCAAAAAGACUCCAUUUGAGGUCGUGUCCAUGACCCGCAAGCUUGGCAUGGUAUUGUACAACAUGGGAUUUCUUCAGUCUGCAUCCAUGCACUUCUUCUCUGCGCUCAAACACAUGGGCAUUGAGAUGCCUGGUGGUCUGAACGGUCCGCCAUCCCAACAACAAGCACCAGCCAGCGCUGGUCCAAGAAAGCUCGUCCGUUUGCCCAAGAUGGCCAGACAGGACUCGCUGACCAAGUUCUUCACAUCAUCUUUGGACCCAUUCGAAAAGCGUGAAGCCAUACUCUCGCUCGUGCUCCUGUCCAAGAUAUUCUUGCACGAUUGUGCCAAGAGCUCAGCCACCUGGUGCUGCUUUGUCUCUUCCCAACUGGCAGGUGAGAACUGGAAUCUCCAAUCGGAAGCCUUCUCAAUUGGUAUCCGUGUGCUUGGAGCGAAUGGAGAUCACACAACGCCUCUCAGAUACUACGCUGCAGUGUUGGCGUCAAAGGAGACCAAUACCUAUGUAUGUGGCAACUCGCAUCAGUCAUGGGGCAUUCUCAUGGCUGGUCUAGGUCGUUGGAGCGAGGCUGAGGCCGGUUUCCAAACAGCAACAGAGUCAGCAUCUGCCUCUGGCGACAAGAAGAUGAUGGAAGAGUCCAGUAUCUUCCUUGCCAACUGUCUAUACCUAAUGUGUCAGAUCAAGCCCAGCAUGACAUUGGCACAACAAACACUGGAGAGCUCGAGGGCAAGAGAGGACCAUCAGAUCCAGAUCAUGUCGUUGCUCUCACUAUCCAUGUGCCAGUUCCGUCUGGGUGAUCACGAAGGCUACAUUGCCAACAUGAAGGAGAUCGAGCGCUUGAUGUCCACAGUGGGCAACUCUGAGAUACCAAACUCCUAUCAGAUGAACUACAACAUUCUCAAGGCUCACAUUGCACUGUAUAACAAUGAUAUCAACACCUGCUACGAACAUUGCAGGACUGUACACACUAUUCUCAACCGAUGCGAACCCAACAACUUCACCACUUACGAAUCAUACGCUUCAUUGCCAUUGAUUCUAAUCAAGAUACUUAAUAUCCAGUCAACAACUACAACAUCGACUACUACUACUGCAUCAUCACCAAGCAACAACAACAACACAACUCCCUCACCACCUACCAUACAUAACCGAUCCAAAUUGAUGAACGAGAUCAUCGAGUGUAUGAUACUUUUGGAGAAGUUUGCCGACAUCUUCCCAAUUGCUCAGCCGAGACUGCUCCUGCUCCGUUCGAUUGUCAACGCACUUACCAACAAAGAGGACGCCAAUGUCGAGAUUGAGAAGUCCAUCCAAGAGGCCAAGGAAAAGGCCAACAAGUUGGGAAUGACCUUUGAAGAAGAGCUAUGCUCUGACUAUCAACAACUCCUACUUUGCACCACCGAACAAGAACGUCCUGGCCCUGAGGCUCCCGCCACCUUGUCACCAUCCAAAGUAACCUCGCCCGAUAAGAAGGAUGGUUUCCACAUCUUUGGCUUCCUCAAAUAA